GUAGCAACUUUUAUUAUGCAAAAAAUGCUUUUAGACAAUUGUGGCUUGGCUUACAUUUGUCAAACAUAUCAGCGAUUUGCCCAUGUUGCAACUGUCCUUGAAAAGAUGGUCUUUCAACUCGCUCAAGAGCCAUCUCUUCGUUUACUCAAACAUGUAAUUCGUUGUUAUCUCCGUCUUUCUGAUCAUCAAAAGGCUCGGGAAACUUUGAAGACCUGUUUGCCAACGCAUUUGUCCGAUGACACCUUUUCUAGUAUCCUCGAGCAGGAUAUGGCAACUAAGCGUUGGCUCACCCAACUACUUCGCCAUCUUCAGAUAACUCCUGCUCCUUCAACAGUCAUAGAUGGAAACCCAAUAAGCUCUUCAGCUAGUUCCGUCUCUACUGUCGUUGGAUCUGCCUCUUCAACUGGUGUAGCGGCAGAUAUUGUUGGUGUGAGAGGCUCGACUGAUUCUAUGGAUGCCUCUGGAUCUGGAGGGGUUUCUAUCACAGCUCUUGGCAACCCUGCCUCGUCUGAGUCCUCUGAUGUAAUUAAUAACUCGGGCUCAGCCGGAAAUGCGGGUCAGGCUGGUCCGGUUGGAAGUCUGGUCAUCUGUACUAGUUCUGGCAGUGGUAGCAUGUCUCAGCGUCUCCAUCUUUCUACUUCGGCAAGCACUGUUACAAGUCUAGCUAGUGCUGUGUCUGGAGGUUCGAAGUAG